CCCAGGAAAAAACAGAGUUGCCGUGCUCGUUCAUAAGAAUCUUGUCCGUCUUCGUCUGCCGUAGUCACACGCUGAGAAACUUUUGCCAAAGCUCCGACCAGAACACUCUGAAAAUGAUCCCAACUGAGAGGUAAAAAACUGAUGUUAACUCUCAAACUACAGCUGAAACCUUCUGCGAUGAAAGUUUACAAACGCUUUCUUUCUAUAACCAGUUAAAGUCAUGUUAGAAGAAACGGUGUACGGCUCAGUGUUCCGUUGCCAUGACAACGUGUGAAACGUUCAAUGCUGGUGGUUUAAAGUUGUUGACACUCUUGAUGCUUUCCGGGCGGUUUGAUGUUUUGACAGUAUCAGCGUUAAGGUAGGUAAGAUUUGUUAUCACAAAAUGAUCGAUAGUCAAAUUAAUUAACGCUCUCUAUUUAAUAAGCUAAUCAGGAAUAUCUCUCGUGUAUUAAUUACCACAGCUGGGAUAAGCUUGACUAUGUGGCUUAAGAAAUUAGUUUAAGUCAUCCAAGAAAAUGAAAGGCAAGGCACUUCAAAUAUAGAGGUUAGUCUUUGAUAACUAUAGGCUACUUAACAUAUUAUGCUGUAUAUGAUAGAGUAUAAAAGAAGCCUACCUUCAGUAGGCCAAGUUAAUAACUAGAUAAAACUGUGCUCAUCUUGAAUAAGCGACAGUAUCUAAACGUGUAUAAGCACCUUUAAAGUUCUUACACUUACACCUGCUGUUAUGUUAAGAUAGUGUAUUAUAAUUAUUUCAUCAGCCAAUGUCUGGAUAUAAUACAGAAUUCAGCGAAGGUUAUCCUAGGACUGGGCUAUAUAUCUAUAUAAGAAAUAUAUUGAUAUAUGAGAUAUGGAAUUGGACCAUAUCGCAUGUCGAUAUAUCGCAUGUCGCAUAUCAGAUGCUGUUGUUGACAGGCUGGUGUUUCUCAGUGUUUACUGAGUUCAUAGUCUUGUGCAUAAGCGUUUAAUAACUAGAGGCUACUUAACACAUGAUGCUGUACAUCUUUGAAUGCAGAGUAUAAAAGAAGCCUACCUUCACUCAUUCAUAGGCCAAGUUAACAACUAGAUAAAACUGUGCUCAUUCUUUUGCAGUGUUCGUUGUUUGCAUCUGUGGAUUUGUUAGAGAAAAGAAGAAAAUCUGCAAUUUGAUUUUAAUAGGCCAUUUAUAGUUGUCAAAAUGUUGAUGCUUUUCUUAUAUAAAUACAUUUGUUUCAGAAAAAAAUUGCGUAUUUUACCAUAUGGGCUAUUUUUAUUUAAGAUAUAUUUUUUAUUUAAAUGUGCACCUUAUGGAGCAUCAAUCAAAAAAAGGUACUAGUAUUUAUGUUUACCUUUUAUUGUUCUUUGAACAGCUGAGCAUAAUGUCAUCUGGCCAGUUUAAAUAGAACUACUUGUGACAUGUCAUAUUUGCCUUUGACUGUGACUAAACAUUUGCUCUCACUUUGCUAAAAAAAAAUAUCAGAAUAUAUUCAGCCUAAAUAUAUCGAGACAUGACUUUUGGUCCAUCUCGCCCAGCCCUAGGUUGUCCUAUUGUAAAAUCUUACUGAUGAAUGAGGUUGACCUGUAUCUUUAAUUCAACACAUUUUAAGUUGUGAUUCUUCAGUUUAGUAGCACUGUAAGUGGACAGCAAAUUACUGCAAGUGUUGACAUCUUUGUACUGACUCUGCUGAGUUCUCUCCCGGUCGUCAUUGAAAUGAAUUUGAUUUGCUCUUGUUUCUGCUAUAGCCUACAUUUUUUUUUAGAUGUCUGUCCUCCCAGCUUCCCAAGGCUGAGCCCAGCAAGGGCAGAGAUUAGCCUUAACCAGGAUUAAACCAAUGAGAAAAUUUGAAUUUGUUGGCCCUUAUCUCCCAGCAACAUGUGGAGUGCUCUGAGCAAAUGGCAGAAUUUGAUCUUUUGCUUCCUUUUGGCAAAGCAUGUUUUCCUGCCAAUAGACACUUAUCAAACAUGACCAUUGGAGACAGAAGGAAUUCUCAGAAGGAGCUUUACAUGAUUUGUUUACAGGGACAUGACAUACGUUACAUGUUUUCUGAGAGUAGGAACAGAAAUAUAAAGCCUUGUCUUGUUGUCAGCACCGUAGCACAUCAGCUGUCAGGUGUGGUAUAUUUGCACAGCUCUUUAUUAGUAUGCUUUAAUAGCUUAAUGUUGAUGUGCUCCUGGCAUAUUACAUUUAGACCACCAGCUUUGAUAAUCUCUCUGCAUAAUAUCAGGAUUCACCUCAUAAUGUAGUGAACUCGAUGGGCUCUAUAUUUGCAUUCUAAACAUGCAAUUUCUUGCCUCAUCAGGUAAUGUAAUUCCACGCUUCAUUAGGACUGUGAAGUUUAUCAUUUGUCAUCAAAGCCAAGCUGUCAAUAAAUGAUUAAGUUUCACAUGAGGAAAAUGUGAUAUUUAGGCCCCGGAAAAACUGAUAGCAGUUUAUAUUUUAAUUGCAGUAAGUAAGAGUCUGUUUUGUUUGAUUCUUAGGCUGUAUAUAAGCGGCUGCUUGUUACAGCUAGAGGCAACGUCAUUACAGAGCUGCUUAACUCUAAUUUAUUCCACUCGUUAUGCCAUUAAAGAAAGCAAACUUCAAAAGGCCCCCCAACAGUGAUUGAAAUGUGUGAUAUCUUGAUGGUCUGGUUGAGAUUCAAAACUGGUAACUGUUUUUUUUUCACAGCAGUUCCAACAGCGUAUGGUAUCUUUUGGUAUGCUGCAGUAGAGUAUGUCACUUAAAAAGGAUGCGAGUGCCACAAAUAAGAACCAUUUUCAUCAUUUGCUGUAUGGUUGUCUCACUGAAAUGAACAUAUAGUGUUACCUAUCUCAAAAAGAAAAAGUAAAGUUGUCUGUGAUAUCUUGCAGGACAAGAUGAUAUUCACAUCUUACUUAGCCAAAUUCAAGAAAAAGAAACUUUGCUGCAUUUUCAAAGAUAGGAUAACAACAAUUAAUUCAGAUUUUCUUCUGUGCAAGUUAUUUCUCAUGACAACAGUGUAAGUAACACCGCAUAUAAACAAAAAUCUGACACUGACGGACAUCAGUAUAACACAGUAUGCCAAUUAAAGUAUAACUAUGCGGUCGAAAGUAAAUGGAUUAAGUUGCAGUGAUGAAGAGGGGUACUUUUGAGUUGGGGGACAGAGGACCUACUAGAGAUUCAGCUCUCGACUGGGAUAUUAAGGAUGGCAAAAUGGAUGCCAGUUGGUUUUAUAUAAAAUAACUCAUUUGUAAGACAAACUGCUUUAGGAGUGGAAGGUUGAUAUCUUGUUUUUCCUACUUUCAGAUGGAGUCUAUAAUUAGUAUUUCAGGAGGCAUGCAAUGUUCCAAUAAGCAUUCGUGUGCACUAUAAGAAUAACAGAAAUCAAAGUGUUAUAGUUUGGGAUGAGAGGUCUAUAAGGGCGAGUGGGUGCCUUGUUAUAAUUAGAGUAGAAAUAGUUAACAGGCAUACACUUAAGUUAAUAAAUAUCUAUAUUUAAGAGGGCAAAUUUACCCAGGAUUAGUCAUUAAGUGAAGGUCCAUACUCUUGCUGUUGUUCCCAUUGAUUUUGUGUGCUUAGUCUUGAGUCAGUUCCCCCACACCCCCGUCCCGGUCAUUAGACUAUAGGUUGGUACAUUCACUCAGCAGUGUAAAUAAAUAGGAACUGCUGUCUGACAGAAUGAUGGAGAGAUGAGGCAUGUAUGGGCUUGACUUGUGAUGAACUGUCAGCUCUAAUUACUUCCUGCUGAAACUGGAGAUGAGGUGAACUCCAUGGAAAAGGUGGACUGUGUCUCCUUGAGGCAGGGGUGUGUACUAAUGUGUCUGUGUGAGAACAAAGACUAUUAUAUUUUGACAUUGUUAAUUAGUGCCGUCUGCUAGUAUUACGGCAUUACUUAUUAAAAGCAUUUUUUUAAAUCACCAUCUUUCACAUGUUUUAAAUGUUUCGAAUGUUAGUGCCUCUGAUGUUCAGGUUUCAGAAUCUGAGGCAUUCUGUUUUGAACACUCCAUCCUCGUCCUGCUGAGAGGCUCAGAACCUCUGAGGGGGCAGAAAACGGGUCGCUUACUGAUAUUUUACAAGAGUUUAAAGUUAAGGUGCAUUUUGGGUCUGAGUCUUAUCAUAUCUAGAUUAAUUUUUUUCACCCAAGCCUUUCAAGUGCUCACACUAGGGUUAGUGAUUGAGUGCAAGCUAGAGUGUGAAUGUUUCUGUUUGAAAUAUAGAAGUAAGUUGUUGAGUUAACUUUUUAACUACAGUGUUUUCACAAUACUAGAACCAAUAAUGCCUAGAUUGCAGUAUUGGGUAUUACCCAGGAUGCCGGUAAAUGCACCGAUUCAAUACAGUAAUUUAGUAGCCCCUCCCCCAGUGACAUCUUUCUCCUUCUUCUUCCUCUUCUUCUUCUAAAAAGUAGCAUACACUGCAAUAAAAUCUAUUAUAGCUGUGAGCACAGCCACUGUUAGAAAAGAAGAGCUGAUUUCAGGUUAAGUAUCAUGUACACAGUAAACAACAACAGCAUGUAAUGAGGAGUAAUGAAGACUAGCCAGUGGUUAGCAAGUGUCAUGUAUCCGUGCUUUCUUAUAAUUUGCAGUGCUAAAUAAUUAUGAAGUUUAAAGUUAAGAUUUUUCAAACAGGUAAAAACACUAAAUCAUAGGAAGCGGUGCAAGUCAAACUCCUUUGGUUCUUGGUGCUCCACUUGUUUUGAGGUUAGGAUUCUGAGACAGCCAAUACGACAAUCAAAUUUGUUUGGGAUUAGUAAUUUACAGCUUUUAAAAUCAACUAUAUUAAUCUGGAAAAAAAAGAGUCCUGGGUAUGAGGUUUCAGCCCAUACUGUUCAACAAUUUCAAACUGUGACUCACAACAUGUUCUGAAAUUUUAGACCUCUAGCUCUCGAGACUGAAAAUAAUGACCCCAGGCUUAAAGUUAAGCCAGACCUGUCUGUUAGUGACUUUUUAAGGUCAGACUUCUCACCCAUACCUGACCCCAGCGUAUCCUGUUACCUUUGCAUUCGACAUCCAGGGUUAAGGACCAGACACCUGAGGUGCACAGGACCCCCUCUCCUCUAGUUACCUGAAGUCCCCAGUGAUACACUCAUCAUACGCCUCUGUCUCUCACAAACGAGCUGUGAUUGAGGUGAUUGGAAUUUCCAGACACUGUCACAAUCGCUUUGAUUGGAAAAUAGACAGGAGAUAAUGGGAGAGACAGGCCUGUUAUGAGAGCCCUGUCAGAGCUAAAAUAAUGCGUCAGAGUGAAGAGGUUAAAGACACUGCUUCCUUGUUAAUAAUUAAUUGCUGUGCAUGUGGUGGAUCCACUUCAGCGCUCCCAGUCAUCACUUGAUAACUGCUUUACAUUUAAUUUGGCUUCAGAGACUGUUUUCCAAGAGGGGUAAAUUGUGCUUAGUGCUUAUAUGGGCUCACAUAGAGACAGCAGUUUGGUCAUAAACAAGUGAUUAAAAAGAAUAGUUAAGCUAGUGGAAUAAAUGAUCCAGUCAUUCUAUAUACUUAUUUAUGUGCCAAGUUAAAUUAAGAAAAGCUUGAGUGAUAAAACUCGGUUAAUUUCUUAAAGCCUUUAAUCUUGGAGUAUUUGAAGCUUGUGCAGCGGCAUAAUGUUGUUUUUUUCAAGUUGACAAAUGUCAAAAAAUUAUUCUUUAUAAUACAAUUUUGACAAGUUGGAAGUUUAUUCAUGAUAUGUUAAGUAUUUUGCUCUAUUUUAAUACUUAUUCAUAAUACUUCAUCUUUAGGUGACACAGGGAGAUGACAGUGAAUAAAGAAUGAACAUGGUGUCCCUGAAGACCAAUGGUAGCACACCGGAGAGGACGGUACCUGUAGUACGUCUGGAGGAUGAUGCAGAUCUCAGGGUAUGAAGAGCUUCUAUACACGAUUCUACUACAGUCCUGUUUUGUGCUAUAGAAGAAAUAACACAAACACUCUGAUGUAAAUCACCCGCAGCAGAAGGGGAUCAAAUUUCACUUUGCUUCUCUAUAGCCCCCAUUCAAUGGGGAAUUGGACUGCUCCCUUUGCCAAAUCCGCAGCAGCCAGUGCUCACCCUUGCAUGCACACAGAUAAUGAUCAACUUAAUUAGACCUGAGAUUGAACGAACUGCAGCAGCAACUUAAUCAUUUGUAACUUGAUUCAAAAUACUAUAUUCCGCUGCUCCUGAGACCCUGAAAACGUGUUGUUUUUUCAACAAGCUUGCAAUCAGGAUGUGCUUCUGGAUUAAGUUCUUGAACUAAGACAUAUCGUUUUUCACAUCCAAAAUGGUAAAACAAAAAAUAACAAGCUCAAGGGAAAUUGUCUGACUGACAGUGAGCAGAUGUAUAAUUCAAGUGUAUCAAGAAUUGUCUUUCUUAUCCUCACAGGAAAUAUAUAAGUUUGGGAGGAAAUUGGGUCAGGGUAGCUUUGGAGUUGUUUAUGAAGCUAUCCACAUUGAGACGCAGACAAAAUGGGCUAUUAAAGAGGUUUGCAGGCCUGCGGUGAGUACAUUUGGCUUCUCUCUAGGGAGCCUGUUUUUAAUGUGAUAGAAAGUUUCACUUGUUAUAGAGUUUAAUGUUUUGUGGAAAAGAAUCAUGCUGUGAUUUGACUUUCUGUCACUUCAGCCAGGGAGUUCCAAAGUCGAGAUGCUGGAGAAUGAAAUAAACAUUCUCAAACAAGUGAAUCACGAUCACAUUAUACAUCUCAAAGAAGUCUUCAUCACACCUAAGGUGAGCAUGUCUAAGAGAGCGGGCUUCAUUAGUGUAUAUCAUAUGAUAAUACAAAGGAUUCGUCAUAAUCUUUAGUUUGUACAACAAUAAAGCUCUGUUUGCUUCCAGAUGACUUAUUUGGUCACUGAGCUGUGUGUUGGAGGAGAUCUGAAACAGCUGUUGAAGCGGAAAAAGUUCUUUACAGAGGAUGAGACGAGGCAUAUCAUCCUCAGCUUAGCCGACGCUGUUGUCUACCUGCACAAAAGAGGUAAUGUCUGUUACAGACCGACAUUAAAAGUAUGGAAAUCAUCAAAACGAGCUCAAAGUCUGUUGAUUAACAGACAUGAGAGGUGAAACAAUGUGAUUAAAUUUGGUUUUUAUAUCAUAUUUUCAUAUAAAGUUCACAUCAGCCCAUUUUUACACUUUUUGGCCACAUCUAUAUUCACAUGUGCAAACUGCAGUGAUGUGAGGUCAAUUAAGACAAUCCGGUCAUUACAGAAGAGUGUGUGUAAGUGUGUGUGUGUGUGUGUGGGGACUUAAAUUAAAUUUUUGAGAUAAAAUCUAUGUGUUUAAUUUUAAAACUACCCCCUCCCCUUUUAAUUGUGAAUUUUGCAGGUAAUUUAGGUCAUAGCAUGGCAACGAAGCACCAUUACUAGUAGUUAAUGAGUAAUUUACAACCAGCUAGGGAGCAAUACUGAUUUACAGGUGCAUUUUCACAUGGAAAGUCCCUGAGUGCUGGUUUUCUGUGAUCCUAGCUUGGCAUCUGAAGCCUGUUAGAGAGCGAUGAUUCAGAUAAUCCCUCAGUUUAAAUUUAUUAUGCUGUUCUCAGUUUAUGAGCGUCUCCUGUCCUCUGUCAGAUUUAGUUUCUGUUUGAGACAUGAAGCAGAAGUCUUGGGCUUUCAUACAAAAACAUGGUUCAUUUUGCAUUCAAAUACCAUGCUGCUAAUAAACUGAAGAGCCAUCUGUUUUAUGACCUACUAUUGUGUCCAAAAGAGUUAUCUUCUAAUUUUAAUUUAAAACAAGUAGUUUUAUUCCAAAUCAAAUGUUUAAUCACAGAUAAAGACAGCUAUGUCCGUGGAAUCAUGAGUCAAGCUCCUCAUAAGCAGUUGAAAAAUCUAUUUAGUAUUUAUCAUUGUUCCUAUUAUUCUUUUAGGGCAUGAAAUAUCUUUGAAUGACAAAGGAAAAUAGGGCAUUUUCAUGUGUUUGUUUCGUGCACACCAGUUGGUCUAACUUUCCUUUCACACACACCAUCAGCACUGUUGCGUUUUAUAAUUGGCUGCUUCAAACAGUGCGGGGAAAGGGACUGCCCAGGGCAAAUUGUAUUUUUCCUCCUGCCUUCUCUCACUCCACCAAGUUUUGUUAACGAGGCCCUUCAGCCUGGUCUGCUGUAAACAAGGUAAACAGAUCGCUGUGUCGGUGCAUGAAAAGCAUUUAUUAUUAUUCAUUCUGCCGUCUGACAUUAACAUAUCAUUUUGCACUCUCCUCAGAUCACAGGCGCAAAAAAAAUGCUAAAAAUAGAAAAAAAAAUAUUUCGUCAGAUAAAGAUGCCACUUUAUGCAUGAUUUUGUGUUAAAAGUAUUCUUAAACAUGGACAUAUUUUACCGGACAUUUCUCUAAACUGUCAAAGAAAAGCUGGUCUAAUAAUCCCAGCGGAAGACUCUUCCUACUCUUUAUAGAUUUUGACUACUUAACAGGCGCGAGCUGCCACGUUGCAGCCUUUUAAAAACGAUUAAUGAGGCCAAAGCUUGUUUCAAUAACAAGAAAAUAAAGCCGACUGCUGCAGUUCUGAAAUAAUACAAAAUAAGCGCUCCAAUUCAAUGUGGUUUAAAAUUAUAACAGGGCGGCAGUCGCUCAGGAGGUCGAACAGUCGUCCAAUAACUGGAAGGUUGGCGGUUCAAUCCCCCUUAUCCCUAGUCUGUCCGUUGUGUCCUUGGGGAAGACACUUUAUCCCCCUUGCUCUCAGUGUGUGUCCUCCACUGGUGUAUGAUUGUGAGUGUUGUGUAGUAGUGGUUGGAGAGGCACAAACUGUCAACCACGUUUCUAACUAAGUUAACGACUAAGGUAGUUAACCACCACCUGGUUGUGACGGUGUGAGCGAAUGAAUCAUGUAUCCAAUGUAAAGCGCUUUGAGGGUCUCUGAUGAAGUGCUAUAAAAAAAUCUGAUGCAUUAUUAUUACUAUAACGUACACAAUGUCAGAGAAAAUCUGAUAGUUACAGGGUGUACAUAUAUAGUUUGCUCAUAUCCUGGGAAAAACACAUGGCUGUAAUUUAACAUGAAGUUUAAAAGACAAAAAAAAGUUAAUUUAUAGUUAAAACAGACAAAAAACAAUGCCAGUGUCCACUAACUGCAACCGCCAAAUAUCUGGUUCUUUAUUAUGACCACCAGUUAGUUAAAAACUCUGUUCAACAGGAGAUGAGUGCUUUUGUGCCAUAGAUUCAUUAGAUAUUUCCACUCAAACGGCUGUAUGAUAGAGCUGCACACACAGCAGAAGAGAGCGGUUAUUAAGAUUUUAAAAAAACAAAGCCAGAGUUAAAAACUCAAAAGUAACAAUCCUCAGUGAUUUCAUCACUUUUACAGACACAUUUUCUUUCUUGUGUCUGACAGACAUCGUACACCGGGACUUGAAACUUGGAAACAUUCUUGUGAAAAAUGCCCCUGAUGAAGAUGAAAAUGGCAGGAUUAAUAUCAAGGUGAGAUUCUGAUCAGUUCUCUUUCGGACAUAUGAAUAAUUGUCUCAUGGGUGCUUUUUCCUCUUCCACUCUCUCCUCUGCGUUUAGUAAAGGCUUUAAAAAAAACACCUCAUUAUGACCGACUCCUCCUGAUCUUUUUGCAAAGAGAGACUGGACUGUAUCUUUAAAGAAAUAACCAGCUGAGCACAGUAUGUGGUGUACGUUGUCAAGAGCCAGCCAAAGCAGAUACCUGGUGCGCAAGCUGUAACAAGUCUAGACUUGUUUGUCAGACCACCCUGUAAACGUCCCUAUCUCUAUGUAAUUUUUUUCUCUUUGUCUUCCACUCGUAUACAAAAGCACUCAUGUAUAGUGUAUGUUGUUAGAGAGGACUUGUCACAGCAAACCACGGAUGACUUUUAUUCCCUGGAACUUAGCCUUCUUUGAGGGGUUUUUAGCUUUUGAAAUAAUGUAGAUACAGCUUUAGUUUAUGUUCUUGUUAAUCACCAGGAACAAUUAUAAUACUAAAGCCUGGCCUUGUUUUCCUAACAAAACACCCCGAAUAAAGAAUUUAAUAAGGGUUUUGUAGCACACCUACAUCCUGAUAAUUUACACCACAUUUUUUCUUAAAUGCUCUUCCCUACCUAGGUGACAGACUUUGGAUUAUCAGUGCAGACAGGUGGUGUCGGCAUUGAGAACAUAAUGACAGAGGCCUGUGGGACUCUUAUCUUUAUGGGUGAGACACUGGUAUCUCCUACAGCAUGUUAGCAGGCCACACACAUGACCACCGAGAGGGAGCUAUAAGUUUGAAUGAGUGCUGGAGCAGCAUGACUACGCUAUGCUAUCUGUCACAAUCCCUCUUUGGUUGUAAACAACAACUCCAUAAAAAAAAAAGAAGGAUAACAACAAAAAGAAAAGCAACAGCGAUCCCUAGAUAAAAUGCUUAUUAAUGUGUCAUGAUUAUUGCUAUAAAGCAUUAUGAUCAUUUAUGAGUGUUUAUAACUAUAGUCAUACAAUGCUAUAACGUGAUUAUAACGCAUUAUACAUGUAUUUAUAAUGCGUUAUACAGAUAGGGCGUCAAGUAAAGUGUUACCCAGGUUUCAUAUUGAUGUUAAAAUUAGAGCUGUUUUGCUUUUUUUAAUCACUAAUAUGCUGUUACACACUUGUUACAUUUACUAGUGUGCUGCUACUGCAUGACAUGACCUAUGUUCAUCAUGUGGCUCCUUCACUUCUGUGUGCUUCUGUGUGUCCUUGUGUGACUUUCAGCCCCUGAAAUUAUGAGAGGUCGGGGUUACACCCACUGGUGUGACGUAUGGAGCAUAGGAGUCGUUAUGUAUAUGUUGUAAGUAGGCACAAGCACACGCAGACACACACACUGAACGUACACAUACAAAUACACACUGAUGUAGAUAAUGUGACUUCAUACUGUAUGUCUGUGUUUUGUUUCCAUGUAGGCUGUCCGGAGAGCCUCCUUUCGUGUCCAAGACCAAGACAGAACUAUUUAGGAAAAUCAUGAACAAAGAAGUUGAAUUUACACAAACUAUCUGGGCCACAGUCAGUGAUGCAGGUGACUCUGACAUACAUCUAAUCCUGCAGAAAAGAGAGGUUAUGUUGUGCCUAUAAGUGAAGGGAUAUAACCAUGACUGAUAGGCAGUACAGGAUGUUUCAGGUUCUUACUGAUAACUCACCUUGUCUCUGUCUAAACAGCAAAAAAUCUAUUGACUUGCCUCCUGAAGGUGAACCCUGCCUAUCGUAUGUCUGCUAGCCAGCUCCUAGAAAACCCCUGGAUAACUGUAAGGCACCUGUUGCUCAAGAGCUUUCAUAAACUUUUCCAAAUGAGUCACAUGGGGAAGCUUUAAUGUGGCGCUUUGUCCAACAGGGUGACACAAAUGUGUCUGCGUUACCGACUAAUGUCCUGGAGAUGAUGCGACACCACAGAGAGCAGCAAGAAAGUGAGACGAUAAUGAAUAUUUUCCUCAAUAAAAAUAACUUAAUCAAAGGUGUUCACAAACACCACAUAGUUGGUAGGAAAUUGAAAACUAAAAUAAGAAUCACUAAUAGUAAUUCUGAUUGUAUGUUAUCUAAAAUCAUACACAACAGGAACAGAGACUCAUAUGGACGUGUCCCCCGCAUCUUCCGAUGACACAUCAGAGCCGUCCCCGGCCUCUUCAACCAAAAUGCAGACCAACUGCAGAAGCCCAGCUAAGCCAAAGCCAAAGACAGUCAGAGAGAGGAGGCCCUGUACACCUUCCACAUCAAAAAAGCAGGUCAGCAGAGUGACACCGCACACACAUGUGUUUUUUUAAGCUGUUAGAAAUUAGAUCAAAUUACAAAUUAGGGUUUUCUAAUCUAGGUUGUCCAUCUAGUCAUCAUCCCAUGGAGCUCACAUGGGUAUUAACAAAAGUUAUUUGUAAUCCAAACCAAAAUAAACAUAUCUUUGUGUAAUAAUUUAAUUAGUGUUGAGAUUAACAGCUAACUGUCUCUUACUGACAGAAAUGAUCAAUUCAUGGAUAUUUAUCAAUCUUCCUUCUUUCCCUUUUGUUUAUUUUUGUGUUUUGAAAUACAGACUAAAUAUGGUUUUGGCAGCAGCUGGCAUGACAAGCACACAAACGGCUCUGAAACCCCAGGACCACUUCAGCCGACCCCCUCACAGGUUUGUAGAUGUAAAUUACUCUUAUAUUUCUCAAUCAUUGUCUUGAAAGCACUUGACAAAACCAUAUUUUAGGCUACAGAUUUGUCUCUAAGAAGUCUAACUGCAUUUAUUCUGCCAAGCAUUACUUUAUCUUCUAUUCAUGUUACCAGUCACCACUAGAUGGUGCCAGAUUCACCUAUUACAGAAGAUGGUGAUGCAUGUGUACCCAUGCAGCUGUUUUUAUACGAGUAUGAUUAAUUCAGUUAUGUAAGAUGAACAUGAAUCUUGUCCCUGCAGUCUCAUGCUGGUGUGAAACCCUCCACACAGCAGCCACGGACUCGGGACAAAAAGGACAUGAGAGCAGGACAGAAAUCAGCUCAUGAAGAGAAAAGAGCUUCCUCCAGUAAAAGUAGGACCGUCCCUUGUAAGCCGGAGAGAGAAUGCAACAAAGAAAAGCCAAACUAGAAGCGGGCUCGAAUCUUAGCCUUAAAAUGAACCGACUGUGAAUGGCGUAACCUUCACUGUGAUGAUCAGAGACUAGUGUCAAAAAAACUGGGAAUAAUCUGCAGGUGUGAAGAAAAGCAGACUGAGACCUCUCAGCUGUCUGUUGUGCCAAAGAGGAGGCCCCUCUGUUGGAGGUGUAGUCUACGGGACGGGGUAAAACUGCAGGACAAACACUUACUGUGACACAGCCAAACUGAGAGCGUCAAGAGGCCAAGAUACAGGUUCACACUUUGUGGAGUAAAGCAAACAAAGAUUAUUAAGAGAAUAGUUUCACGGUUUAGUGAAUAUAGUGAACAAGAAUGUUUUAGAUUAUGAAUUGUCCCUAAAAUAUGAUAAUUACUUUCUUAAACAUGGAAUUACAAUGUGAACCUGAUGGAUCUUUUAAAAAAUAAGCUCUGUAUAUUUCUACUGUGUAUUAAUCUAAAGAAAUAAGCUAUGUUAGACUUGCAUUGUGCCAAAUAGAAAACCUCAACACCACCUUUAGGUAUUCUUUUUCAUGACAUUCAUGACACGUUUUUUUUAAUUGUAUGUUAAAUAAAAACAUCUCCUUUAUAAAAAGUACAGCAGAAUCUACUGGAUACCGUUUCACUCCUCCACAAAAAAUGAGGGGUUUUCUCUCUCCCGCUCUGACCUCUCAAUUCUAAAAUGCCCUAUAUGCACUGACUGCUCCCACUCAGUGUCAAAACAGAGAAACUGUCACACAGACUGGUUACGCUCUGUCUGAAUGCAGAGGAUUGGGACUGAGGGCAGCCACGGGUCUAAUCUCGUUUGGAGGCCAUUGAAAGCAGCAGGAGCUACUUUGAGGGCACUGCCAUUCAAGCACAGGUUUUUCCGCUGUAGAGAGAAUAAUCCCCGGCAUAGAUACAACAUUAAAGUAGCCAAGCAUAACACACAGAGGCUGAAUUUCAAAUCCACCCAUUUGCAUCUUGAAGUGAAUGAGUGCCAACAAUUGGGCUCCGUGUUCCUGCACGGGCUCUGUGUUUUAGUGUGUAUGUGUAAAUGCAGUGUGCAUUUGUUAAACGGUUUUCAGAUGGUAUUUCUACAUUUCAGGGAGGGGGUAAGUGUCUUAAAUUAUGUACGCAAUGUGUUAAUCUCUGCUUGAUGUUGAGUGAACACUCGUAACACACACAGUAGGAAUGUAAAAACCUUUUUUUUAAGCUACUUUUUGAUAUAUUUUUAAAAAAAGAAAAAAAAAGUUGAAAUAUUUUUGAUUCAAGCUGUAGGCCAAAAAGACUGCAACACUAUUGAUGCACUGUAUACCUUUGCUUUCCCUGGACAGCUCUAAACAGCAGAUGGAGCUGUAGUAGGUUGCUGAAUUUCUCUCCUGGACUUAAUCUGACAGGAGAGUGCUAUCACUAAAGCUCACUACCUAGUUUGGUGCAUGAUGAUGUGUAAUUAGAAUUGAUUGCUUGAGUCACUGCCUAUUAAAACUGUGAUGUCCAUGUGAUGUGUCACUAAUUAAUAUGUUGUAUGUCUUGACGGUCCAUUAAAACAAAGUAAAUUGUUGAACUGUGGGUGUCUUAUUCACUAAAAUUGGUCUUUAUUGGGAGAUGAUGUAAAUAAUAAUGAUUCACGUAUUCGUGUUAAUUUUCUGUUUAGAUGACCAAAGUCUUUAUACAACCUCCUGUGUGUAAUUCAUGUCAGAAGAGGAGAUGAGAUUUCAGCAUAUGGUCCACAUUGUCUUGAUUAAUUACAGAGAAAGAAAAAAAAAAGGAGGGAAAAAAAAAUCUCCAAAUUGACUUGUGCAAGCAGAAUAUGACCUGCAGCAAAUCACAGGAGCGCUUGUUCCUAAUCCCCUGGGGUGGAACAAAUUUAAAGAGACUGAAACACAUCUAGAGAGACACAUCUGGAAGAAUUGGUGUCUUCAUGUAUGCUGACAAUAGGUUCAUCUGCUGUUUAAAAAACUGUCAGCCUGUAUUUGUGAGAGCCCAAAAGCCUCCAGUUCUACUUUUCCCUUUUUUUUUUUUUUCCGAAACAAGAAAAAGAAGAGGUGGGAUGGGAGGGGAGACAGAGCGAGAGAGGCUGUAUGGUGGGUAGGUUAGGGGCGUGAAUUUGGGACAAAGCAUGGAGGCAAAGGAAAUUAGAAAAUUCGUCGGGAUGGAACAAGGGAUGCGCCCCCUGCCUCCCAAAAAUCCUCCCCCCCUUUUUUCCUCCAGCAGUGCUCCUGACAGAUGGAAGUAAGGGUGGGUGGGUUGACGGGCUGGAGGGGAUUAAAACUCCACAGCCUCAUUUUGGAGCCUGAGGAGAGUGUCACCCCUGCAAAGCUAAGGUGGGGUGCAAAGAGGCACUUGUGGCGAUAGUCAGGCGGCGUGUGAAGUGGGUGCACGCAGGGUAAUGUCAAAGAGGCAAGGAUGCUUCCCCCUACCUUAGCUCCCCCUCUGCUCCAAUCACCUUUAUCCAACAAAUACCAGCGAGGGAGGGAAGAGGGUGCAUCUCUAUAACCCAAAUAGAGCUCUCUUUAAUUAAUCAGCUCAUCUGCAGAAGCUCGAUACCUGAAGCUGGACCCCCACCACCCAUCCACACCCACUGCAACUCCCCCCUCUCCAUCCUCUCACCCCCAAACACAGCACCCUCACACUGAUGCUGUGACAUUGUGGUAAUGAGGGAACACAGCAACAAUGUCAUGGAAAUAUUGUGGAGACGUUAUCUGUUGGAGCUCAUCACACAUGCUGAUGUUCCUGAUCCCCUUCAAUGUGUGUGUGGAGAAGCACAUAUGUGGCUGUUCGUGUGUUAGGUAGGCAGGUACAGCCCUUCCUUUAAAAAAUAAUUAAAUAACAGAUGCAUAUGGUGGGGUAACCAUGAUGCCUCUGUGACCAAAAGAGAGAGAGAGAGAGAGAGAGAGAGGAGGUUAAGAUUUGAAACAGAUGGCAGUUUUAAAGCAAGCCUCAUCAAUCUUUGUUGACUCCCCCCCUUCUUUUUAAAACUAGUCUUAUUCGGGAUAUUUGCAAUUAUAAUACAUACUGUAAGCUCAUUUGAAUAUCAAAUUAAUUACCGAACACACUGGAGUAAAUACCCCUUUUAUAACUCCUUGUUAAAAGUGAAAAGUUCUUGACUACGGUUGGAUGGCGUGUUAAUUUACAGUGAUAUCUAAUCCCAAGUUACUCCACAUAAAAGGCAUUACUAUACAUAUUUUAAUGGGGAGGUGGUUGUUUUCCAAGCAAUUUUCUGCUAGAGUACAUUUUUAAUUUAUUCAUAUUUAAUUUAUUGGUUUCUGCAUACACGCUCAGUAAAACUAAUCAACACCAUGUAUGGGCCUCUUAAAGCCACAUCUCUCCUUGGCAGGCAGAAAGGCAGGCAGGCAGGCAGCCUCUGCAUUAGGAUAAGCUCUCCUCUGUUGUGCACAGAGCUGGGUAAAAUGCCCUGCAUUCAGCCAAGCAGGAGGAUACCACCUCAAAGGAAGGAGACUGUUCAGUUCUCACAAACAGCCUUUUAAUCAGAGGGGAGAAAAAGGGAAGAAAAUGAAAAAUGUGCCCAGCCUUGAGUGAUCCAAAACAUUUCAAUUUCAGUGGAAAGUGACCACCGUCGCUGCUGUCAGAAUAUCGUCCACUGGGGACAAUGCCCCCCUCUGUCUCCCCUCUUUCUUUAACUCAAACUCCUCCGCUGCCCUUGAAUUGGUUUUAUGAAGCUUUGGCACUCAUUUUGCUCACUAUGACUGGAGUUCUUAUCACCUGACUCCGCUAUACUCUCCAAAUAUCUAUUGACCCAUUAUUUACACACCUUAAGGAGAGAUCUGCCAAACCUUACUCACGGAAAUGAUUUCAAUUAAUUACUAUUCCUCCUUUGACGAGAGAGAGAGAGAGAG